UGAACUAACAGUAACCCUUUGAAUACCUCAAACUCAAAAGGUACUAAUACUUCGAAGCGGGAGAGUGAUUAACUCCCCUGUUGAUUGUUUGUUUGGAUGAUGAUUGUUUCCACUUGUAAAUUGACUUUUCUUGAUAAUGUUGUAUAUCCGUUUGGUACACUUCCACCGCUAAAUUAUCUUGUUGGUGCAUGAAUUUUGUUGCUCAACUAAGUUCAACUUCAUUUGUAAAUUGUGUUUUUGCUGAAAAGAAGCUGUUUCUUUUGGAGCUAGAAUGAUACUUUGGGGAAGUUUCAGGGUGCUUCCCAGGUGCUUGUUAAUUGGCCUAGGUUGUUUUUGUGUGUAGGAUUGUGAAUUUUCCCGAAUUUGUUUGAUUGCACCAUUGAAGGUGAUUAAUUUGUGGGAAGUUGUUCUUGACCAGGAAUCCAUAUCAAUUUUUUUCCCUUCAUAAACGAAUAUGGCACCUCUUCCUGCUAGUUCAUGUAGCAUUCAUUUAGUUUCUCCAGGAAAUGCCUUCAUUAACAAAAAGGACAGUUUUCUAACCACAUGCAAUGGCUUACGAAAAUCAAGGAAACAAGUUUUGCUUUCUCAUAGAUGUACACUACCAAUGUCCACGUCGGUUAGGCUGUUCCCUCAGUUUAGGAUUGGAUGUGCUUUACAUCCUAGAUUAAGAACUCAUGUAGUAGCUGCAACCAAUGCUGAUGUAGCAGUGGAAGAGACUGAGGUGUCGGCACCCGAAAAUGUUCUUGGUGAGGUAUUGGAAACUCCAUCACCGACCACUGAAACAAGUGAAAGUCCAUCCCCAAAAUCUGAUGCCAGCCCCACAAAUUCUCAAACUAAGCGUACUAGACCCGGUAGGAAGAGCGAAAUGCCACCAGUUAAGAAUGAAGAAUUGAUUCCUGGUGCCACUUUUGUCGGAAAAGUGAGAUCAAUCCAGCCAUUUGGUGCUUUUGUUGAUUUUGGUGCUUUCACUGAUGGCCUUGUUCAUGUUUCGAGAUUGAGUGAUGGCUUCGUGAAGGAUGUUGGUGAUGUCGUUUCGGUUGGACAAGAAGUGACUGUGAAAUUAGUUGAAGCCAACACUGAAACUGGAAGGAUCUCUCUCACAAUGCGGAGUGACGAUGCUAGCAAGAAUCAAAAGCAGAAAGAUGCCCCUAAUACUACAUCCAGAGCUCCCAGGAAGACCAACCAAAGGAGAGAUGAGGUGAAGAAAAGCAAGUUUGUGAAAGGGCAAGAACUUGAGGGUACUGUUAAAAAUGUAGUCAGAUCUGGAGCUUUUAUAUCUCUACCUGAAGGGGAGGAAGGUUUCCUUCCGUCAUCUGAGGAAGCUGAUGACGUUGGAAGUUUUGUGGAAGGAUCUUUGCUUCAGAUUGGACAAGAAGUAAAAGUCCGUGUUCUGAACAUUAAUAGGGGAAAGGUCCAAUUGACAAUGAAGAAAGAGGAUGCUUCUGGAGAGAUUGAGACAGUGCAGGGUGUUGUCCAUGCUGCUACCAACCCCUUUGUACUGGCAUUCCAGAGAAACAAAGAUAUAGCUGCAUUUCUGGAUGAGCAAGAGAAACUCAAAGAGGAGAAACCAAAUGAUCCCUCCACCAAUUUGGUAGACAAGACUGAAACUACAGAGAAGAAUGAAACAGUCUCUGACUCUGCACAAGAUGAAGGCUCGGUGGAGAUGGUGACUGAUAAAUUGCAGGAAAAUGAGGUGGUAGAUAAUACUGAAAUUACAGAUAAGAAUGAGGAGCAGGAGAUCUUACCAUCUGAUUCUCCACAAGUUGUGGAUAGCGCAGCCAAAACCAUAGAUGAAGAAUCAAAGACUGAGACAUUGCCCCCUGAAAGUACAACAUCUGCCGUGACAGAUGCCGUGGAUGACGAAAAUGCUGAUGUGGCUUCCGAUUCCUCUGAAAGUAUCAAUGGAGCAACCCUAGGCUUAGAAGAAUCCGAAGUUAACUCUGAGGAACCUGCUGCUUCUGCUAGCCUGUCCAAUGUAGAGGACAUAACCGAGGCACUUCCCCCUUCUGAUGGUGCUGAAAAUGAAUUUAAAGUUGAAGAAUCUGAAGUUACCUCCGAGGCACCUGCUGCUUCAGCUAGCCUUUCCAAUGUAGAAGACGUAACUGAGGCACUUCCUCCUUCUGAUGGUGCAGAAGAUGAAGUUAAAGAUGAACUGAAAAAUGAGAAUUCUAUCCAGGAGGAACUUGCUUCUGUGCCUGAAGAGGUCAACGAGCCAGAGGUACUUAACCUGGAGACAAAUGGUUCUUCUCCAGGUGAACAAGUUGAUGUUCCUUCCAGUCCCGAAAGACUUGGAAAAGAGGAUGUGCCUGAAGUCAUUGAAAAUGAGAGUGCUAUCACCAAUGAAGUAGCAAAGAUUGAAACAACUGGAGAGCUAACUGAGAAAAGUGAUGCUACAGUGCAGAAAGAAACAUCUACCAAAGCAACAAUAUCACCUGCUCUUGUGAAGCAGUUGCGUGAAGAAACUGGAGCAGGUAUGAUGGAUUGCAAAAAAGCACUUUCAGAAACUGGUGGGGACAUGGUUAAGGCUCAGGAGUACCUAAGGAAAAAAGGGUUAGCAAGCGCAGAUAAAAAAGCCAGUAGGACUACUGCUGAAGGAAGGAUUGGCUCGUAUAUCCAUGAUAGUAGGAUUGGUGUUUUGAUUGAGGUGAACUGUGAGACGGAUUUUGUGUCUCGGGGUGACAUCUUUAAAGAAUUGGUUGAAGACUUGGCUAUGCAAGUUGCUGCUUGCCCUCAAGUACAAUAUCUGGUUGCAGAUGAUGUUCCAAAAGAGAUUGUCGCAAAGGAAAGAGAAAUUGAAAUGCAGAAGGAAGAUCUAAUUUCAAAACCCGAGCAGAUCAGGUCAAAGAUUGUUGAUGGCCGAAUCAAGAAAAGGCUGGAUGAGCUGGCCUUGCUGGAGCAGCCUUUCAUCAAGAAUGACAAAAUUGUGGUUAAAGACUAUGUGAAGCAGACCAUAGCUACAAUUGGGGAAAACAUAAAAGUGAACAGGUUUGUACGAUACAACCUCGGAGAAGGAUUAGAAAAGAAAAGCCAAGAUUUUGCUGCAGAGGUAGCUGCCCAAACUGCAGCCAAACCAACUACACCUAAGGAGGAGCCUGCUGCUGCUCCUGCUGAAACUCCGGAAUCUGUUGAGAAGCCUGUGAAAGCAACUAUCUCUCCUUCCCUGGUCAAACAACUGCGAGAAGAAACUGGAGCAGGUAUGAUGGACUGCAAGAAAGCCCUCUCUGAAACUGGUGGGGACCUUGAAAAGGCACAGGAAUAUCUGAGAAAGAAGGGUCUGUCUUCUGCUGACAAGAAAUCCAGCAGACUUGCAGCUGAAGGCAGGAUUGGAUCCUACAUCCAUGAUGCUCGCAUUGGAGUUCUUAUUGAAGUCAACUGUGAAACUGACUUUGUUGGCAGAAGUGAAAACUUCAAGACUUUAGUUGACGAUCUAGCAAUGCAAGUUGUAGCCUGUCCCCAGGUACAAUAUGUGUCUAUUGAAGAUGUUCCUGCUGAAAUUGUUAACAAGGAAAAAGAAUUGGAGAUGCAGAGAGAGGACCUCCAGUCGAAACCUGAGAAUAUAAGGGAGAAAAUUGUCGAAGGAAGGAUAUCAAAGAGGCUUGGUGAGCUUGCUCUUCUGGAACAGCCUUUCAUCAAGGAUGACAGCUUGCUGGUAAAAGACUUGGUAAAGCAAACCGUUGCGGCUCUUGGGGAGAACAUAAAAGUUAGAAGAUUCACCAAAUUUACUCUCGGUGAGGAAAGUAAACCGGCAGAAUCAAGUGAAGAAGAACCAGCUGUUGCAGUAAACUAA